AUGCAGGAAGGCGUCGACGCAGUCGUGGUGGACGUGCAAGUGGGGGCUGAUGUGCUGGAGAGUGAUCGCGGCCGUCAGCCGCCGGUUGAAGGCACGAGCGGCCACGCCCCGAGACGGGCUGAGCGCACAACGUGUUACUUCAAGGGGUACAAGUAUACUCGCGCCUCGGCUUCGUCGCGCAUGAUUGUAUACCGAUGUUCUAAGUUUCGAGCGGGUUGCGGCGGCAAGAUGGAGUUCCGGAUUGCGUCCAUGGGCUACACCUGCGUCAAGGCGCACCGUUGCAGCGAUACAGCUGUAGUUAGCUCCGUCACCAACGUUGAAGCUGAAAUGAAAGCGCAAUCGGGCCUCUUGGCGAUUGAGCACGUUGCGUGGCCUGUACGUCGCGUGUGGGAGAAGCUGCAACGACAUUUCUACUCUGCGGACAACCCUGAUGUCGUGCGCGGCCUGUCGGAGCAGCAAAUUAUACGCCGCGUGCAUCAUGCAAGAAGCCAACACUACUCCGGCAACGUGCACGGCUCAAUCGAGAUCCCACGGCUCUCGCUCGCGCUCAAUGAGGCUGUCACAUUUUUCCAGUUUCACUGCAUUACACCCAACCGAGACGACCUGACCAAGCCUACGCGCCUUCUUGGUUGGGCGCACCCUGCAUUGGUGGCGCUCUUACGCUACCAUGGAACGACGCUAUUCGUCGAUGGAACGUUCAGAUGUGUUCCGAGUGGCUACGCGCAAUGCGUCGUGUUCAUGGUGUACGGUCGGGCGUCGGGCGUGUUCGUCCCUGUGUUUUACGUUCUGAGCACCUCUCGAACGGCGGACAGCUACUGGGAUAUGAUACACUUCAUCGUCCAAGCUACCGAUCAGCAGAUUGAACCUGCUGAGAUUGUCUGCGACUUUGAAACCGCUCUAAUGGAUUCCCUUCAAACCCAGCUUCCUAACGCAAUUGUGCUAGGGUGCCUGUUUCAUAUGAAGCAGACACUCCGUCGGGCUAUGAAGCGCUACGCUAUUCCGGAAGCUGAGUGUCUAAUUGCCCAGACGCAUGGUGUGUUAGACACACUGACUGUGAUUCAGCAUGACCACGUCGAACGAGGAAUUAAAUGGGUGAAGCGUGAGAUCAAGAAGCGAUGCGCGGUAGCGGAUGUGACGUAUUCGGCAGCUAAAUGGGGAGAAUUUUGGGGCUAUUUCGAACGCACAUGA